UGCGCUCUCACCUGGCAUCAGCUUCCCAAUCAGCUGUCCAGCUUUGCGAUCUCGGAAAACGACGCUUGAAUCAUCUUCCUAGCCUUCCCUUUUGCUUCGUCCACCUGUGCUUUGGCCAAUCAGCUAUUUCCCCUUUGCAAGAAAACAAAAUCCUACGCGGAACGAACCAUCGAAGAACCCGCAUCCCCGUCGAGAAUUAGGUGAAUUAUCAUCGGAACACACACCCAAGAAGAGAGGGGGAGAAGGCAGCAGCCAGUCGUGCAGGAAUUUGAGAAGCUCGAAUUGUAGUUGUGGAGUGUUGUUGAGGGAGGGGAUGGUAGGGGGAGGAGGAGCGGAGCAGGAGUUGUCCGCGGACAACGUGAAGGGGAUAGUGCUCGCGCUCCUCUCCAGCGGCUUCAUCGGCGGCAGCUUCAUCAUCAAGAAGAAGGGCCUCCGCCGCGCCGCCGUCGCCUCCGGCAUCCGCGCAGGGGUGGGUGGGUACUCCUACCUCCUGGAGCCCCUAUGGUGGGUUGGCAUGAUCACCAUGAUCGUGGGAGAAGUCGCGAAUUUCGUGGCGUACGCCUUCGCUCCCGCGGUGCUGGUUACUCCUCUUGGAGCACUGAGCAUAAUUGUUAGUGCAGUGCUGGCCCAUUUCAUCCUGAAUGAGAGGUUGCACGCGCUCGGAAUUCUAGGCUGCGUCAUGUGCAUAGCCGGAUCGAUGGUGAUCGUCAUCCACGCGCCGCAGGAGCAAGAGAUCACGUCGGUUAAGGAGAUAUGGAUCAUGGCGACACAACCAUCUUUCUUGCUAUAUGUUGCUUCAGUUGUACUGGUGGUCUCUGUGCUAGUGUUCCACUUCUCCCCUCUCUGCGGGCAGUCGAACGUGCUCGUCUAUACUGCCAUUUGCUCUUUAAUGGGCUCUCUUUCGGUUAUGAGUGUUAAAGCUCUUGGUACAUCCUUAAAGUUGACCUUUGAGGGGAAAAAUCAGUUGGUAUAUCCAGAGACAUGGUUCUUCAUGCUUGUCGUAGCUAUUUGUGUGCUAACACAGAUGAAUUACCUGAACAAGGCACUUGAUUCAUUUAACACUGCAAUUGUAUCACCAAUUUAUUAUGUAAUGUUUACAACACUGACAAUACUUGCAAGCAUCAUAAUGUUCAAGGAUUGGUCAGGUCAAAGCCUUGGAAGCAUCACCUCUGAAAUAUGUGGCCUCAUCAUCGUACUGUCCGGUACCAUUCUGCUCCAUGUGACAAAGGAUUAUGAGAGAAUCCCUCAAUCGAGAACAGGCAUUUACGCACCAUUGUCUCCCUCCUCGACACCAAGACUGAACGGAGAAUUGCUUCGGCGCAUUGAGGAUGAUGCAAGGUCUCCUGAGGACGAAGAAAAAGCCUUGAGGCGGCAGGAGAUGUACUAGACAUGAGAAAUCUCAGCGACGACGACGAAGUAGCGCUGAAGAACUCACGCUACAUCUCCUUUCAGGGUUUUUGUAUAUAGUAGCAACAGCUACAUCUUGACCAAACAGCCGAUAGAAUUUAUGCACAGAUUCUUGUCAAGUUUUCUUCUCUUUUUCUGUAUCACUUCUCUUCUUCCAGUUUUGCCGCAGCAUUUCUACACGUAGAGUUUGAAUUUGUUUGGAAUGAUCCCCGGAGAUUGUAUGCAAAACUGCGAACGCUGUACAUUACUGCUGACACGGUUGCGUUAAUGCCGUUCUUGUACAAUCGUGGUUAUCUGAUUUUGUUUCACUCUCAACCUGUAUGAAGUUGAGGAUAUUUAUUCCAGAAAGUCCCAGUUGUUUUUAA